AUGUCCAUCCGCGGGCAGUUCAACACGAAGAACCCUACUAUCAAGCGGAUAUUAAAGGAAGCCUCGGAGCUUUCUGUCUCCCCCUCUCCAGACUACCACGCCGAACCGCUAGAGGACAACAUUUUCGAAUGGCACUUCACUAUCAAAGGCCCAGAGUCUCCGUCCGCAUAUGCUGGCGGCAUUUACCACGGUCGCAUAAUACUGCCACCCCAGUACCCUCUGCGACCACCAAACUUCCGAUUUCUCACGCCUACGGGUCGAUUUGAAGUAAAUCGCGAAAUAUGCCUGAGCAUCUCUGGGCAUCACGAAGAGACUUGGCAGCCCGCAUGGGGUGUAAGGACGGCCCUGGUGGCAAUCAGAAGCUUCAUGGAUACGGAUGCAAAGGGACAACUAGGUGGCAUCGAGUGCAGUAAGGAUGCGAGGGAGAGAAUGGCGAAGGAUAGCAGCAAGUGGACCUGUGCUGGGUGUGGGAAGAGUAAUGCUGAGAUUAUGAAAGAGAGAGAGGAGGCUGCGCAAGAGAUCGAGGAAAAGGACGGCAAGAGGAAAGAAGAGGAAGUACCUGAGGAGCUAAGGCUCGCAUACCGCGAUGAACUGGGUCAGACGGAGAAUGCCGAAAUCGAGAAUGUGGACAAGGGGAAGGGCAAAGCUAUUGAUACUGAGUUGCAUCAGGAACCUUCCAAGCAACAUACAGCACAUGUUGUGCCAACGACUACAGUGCCAGUAGCAGUAGCACCAGCAUCUCUUGCGCCGAAGCCAAGGCCCACAAGGACUGUACCAGCACCUCCCCUGCAACGAACGGUCCAGCAGAGCCCUGACCGAUCAUUGGCCUGGAUCGAUACGUGUAUCUGGGGCGUCGUUGCGAUGCUGCUAUUCAUGGUCGUCAAGAAGUUUGACAUCUUAUGA